GUGCGCCGCGAACGACUACGAACGUCUGAAAGUUCCAUAUAUUUUAGAAGAUUUAUGAUUUAUGAUUUAUGACGGAGAGUGUUAGGAUGCCUCGGAAAUCUGGUUUAGUACGAGAUCAAAUUUGGUUUAAUUUAGUUUAAACUAAUCUUUGUCGGAUCAUACUUAACUUCUCCAAGUGCCAUAAAACUUUCAUUGCUUGGUGAAGAAUUGAUUCAUAAGCUGUUCCAAGAAUUAAAAGCAAUGUAUCUUAUUUACGUAAAAUUUUCAAUGUACUACAGAUAGGGCACCAGCUCCAGUUGAAUUCCAUUACAUCGAAGAGGAACUGCUCACAAACUCAAAGGAUAAUCACAACAUGAGGCAAGAAAAAGAAACGGAAGACCUUUUGAAAUUGGUAGAACAACUUGUUCAUUAUACUAAAAAUGACUCAAUUAAAAAAACUUUGUAUCCGUACCUGAGAAGUACUCUUGGUGAUUUGUUGGCUCAGUGCCGGUCUAUUGUCGAUCAGGCAGAUGACUCUCACACAGUUCCCAAAUUCCAAGAAAAAAUUGAUAUAAAGAAUGAUUUACUAGCUGCAAGUAUAAAUGCCACCAGGGACAGCAGCUGUGCUGGUCCUUGUGUUUCUUAUGAUAAAAUGAGUUCCCUUAAAGCUUUAGAACCAGAAUCCUUGUUUGUUGAGACGGAUAUGACGGACAAUGCAGAGCAAAAUGAUGCUCUCAAUUAACGCGCUUGUUGUCAUCUAUUCAGUUAAAAAUCUCACACUUUAUGUCUUUACUACAUCAAUCUGAUCACAAAAUGGCAUCAAAUUGAGUGGCUUGAAAUAUGUGACAGUGACCGUCAGAUUCAUGUCAGUGUACUUGUGUCUAUUCUGACAAGUCUGUAUUAGUUGGGUGAAUAAAAUGUACUUUCUGAAUGAUCUCUUAUUAGCAAGUUUAAGACUGUGUAAUUGUAUUUGCAAGGUCAACUAAUUAACUUGGAUCAUUCAAUAUGAUGUGGCAUCAUACGUCUCUUCCACAGCCACAGGUGCUGUGGUGGCUGAGCCAGGCAUUCAAUUACCGUGUUCUUUUGGGGUCGCUAAGACUACAUUAUAAAGAAUAAACAAUGUUU